AUGGAGGGCGAGGUCGGAAAUUUCUCACGGACUGACGUCAUCCGCGAUCCUGGCGGUGUAGCGGUCGCCCCACAGGAGGAGGGGUCGUCUCAGGCCGUGACUGCCUCGCUCACGUCAUCAUCUUCUUCGGCCUCGGCGCCGUCAUCAUUAUCUUUCCUUCCGACCGCGCAGGCCCCUUCCUCGCCAUCCCCCUUGGGCCCGCUUCCGAAGCCUGCUCUGCCGUUCACGCAUUUUCUCUCUCGCGCCCAUCCGCCCCCCAGGGAAGGCGAGGGCAUGGGCGUGUCUCAGUCUUUCAGCGUCAUCCAUAGUUAUCUGGACACGUGGACGCCCGUUGUGCCCACGCGCGAAGGUGCGGUGCACUUGGCUCACGUGUUUGCAGAAAAUGCCGCUCCGGCCGUCGCAGCGACGCCUGGAGGAACGGAGGGCGGGCGCGGCGCUCCCUUCGCCUCCCGCGCCGUUCUGUCACGCGCGGUAUUUGACACAGAUCUGCCUUCGCGACAUUCACCAACCGUCCUGGAUCUGGCUGUGCCGCGGCCUCCGCCCCCUGUCCUUUAUCCGCCUACGUCAUUCCCCGCUCCUGCCCCGAUUCCUUCUCUCUUUCAUGAGUCACCGGCGUCAGACCUCUCCUUGCCGCUCCUCCCGCCGACGCAGGAAGGGUCCCUGUGUCGCUCGACGCUUGCUGUAGAUCCUCCAUAUUCCUACCUCCCGCCCGGCCUGAAUUCUUUUCUGCCACGCCCCACGGCCCUCCGAAACCCCCCUCCGCCGCGGCUGGCCCUUGCUCUGCCCCAGCGCGAAGACCCACAUAGGCAAGAUACUCCCAGUUCCGUGACGCGGACCUCCCCAAGAGUUCCUCAGGCGCUCCCGGAACGCCCUUUGACUAGCGAGUCCCCAGACGAGGCGCCAAAAGCAGCCCAGAAACCCCGCUCAGAGAGCCCUAGAGACAAGGGCCCUCACCCUGAGCGCCAGGAUGGCCAGCUCCGAGUUUCUCCGCACAAAAAGCUCCACAUGGACGCCGUCCCAGGCCUCGAGGAGACAGCGCGGCUCGUCACGAAGGUCGCCUCCGACAAGGCUUUCGCACAGGGAGUCGCCGAUCUUUGCACGCGACGUCACGAAUACAUCAUUUGA